CCAAAGCAAAGGCGCUCUUUGGAAUUUGCUGCUGACGUUUCCCCGUUUUGUACUUUACGCAGAAGUCCCGCAGCACAUGAUUAGUGCUGUCGCUCUUAGCACUCCAGUCAUUCCACUCGUGUGGUGCGAUUGCACACAUCGAAACAUCGAGGCGUACCAGGGAUGUCAGCCAGGAUUUCUUUCUCCCAGUAUCGACUAGAGGCGGAGAUUGAGCGUUCUCGCGCCGAAUGCCAGUGGGACAAAAUCCCCUCUCUGGUGGAGCAGGUUGCAGCUGCCCGGUUCCAUGAAGAUGAUGACUAUGGAACUCUGCUGCUGGCCGAGGCCCUCCUGGAGGAGUGUCUUCUGGAGAACAUGUCUUUGCUGAUGGACAACACUGCCCUGUCUGAACACACUCAUCCCAAACUAGCCCAAGCCAAAUCCCAUCUGAACAGCCUCCUGAGGAGGGGUCGUCUGGGGCCACGCCACCUCAGUGAGGCGCUCCUCCUCCUGGCCAAAGUGCACUACGCGCAGGGCCACUACCGAGACGCCCAGGGCAUGUGCGUCCGAGCUGGCAUCGAGGAGUUCACCCAAGAUGAGCAGCCCCUCUACCAUCUGCGCCUGCUGGCGGAGGCCUUCGUUAUCAAAGGACUCUCUCUGAACCACCAGAGCAUAUCUGCAGCCUCGCGCAUCCGCCUCUCUGAGAGGGAGGAGGAAUGUCUGUCCUGUUACCUUUGUGCCUGUGAUACUGCCCUGCUUUACCUGCAAGAGAUGGACAAGACUGUUGGCACGCCAAGUACCAAGACUGCCAAGAGCUCCACCUCAGCUCCGCCAGUCGAGGUGGAGCCAGGAUACUUCCUGCAGGCUGCCCUCCAGAGUGCAUAUCUCUGCCUUCUGCGUAAAGGCCACUUAGCUCAGGGGACUCACCAGCUGCGGCGGGUCUUGAGGGUGGUGGAGAGUCGUGGCUCUCAGAUCUUUCGGAAGGCAGUAACGCGGAGGUUAGCCGAGGUCUUGCUGAGCUCGAUCGGCGAGGCCAGUUACUGGGGCCCUCUGUCUCCACCGCCCCCGGCCUGGCUCCACAUGGAAGGGGCCAGCCACCCGAAAGAUGCCAUCUACCCCUCUUCCCGACCACCACAGUGCUACAGCACAGAAGGAGCGUUCUGUCCCCGCGACGUGGUGGAGGAGGCCGUGCUGCUGCUGCUCAUCGCCGAGUCGAUGGCCGGCGUGGAGGCCGUGAUCAGCCGCAAGCCGGCGCACCAGGAGGCGCGGGAGGCCAGCAUCCAGGAUGUUUCGUCCGUCUAUGACCUGCUCAGCAUUGGCAUGGCCAGGAGGGGGCAGUAUGCAAUGCUGUCAGAGUGUUUGGUGCGAGCUAUGAAGUUCUCCUUUAAUGAGUUUCACCUCUGGUUCCAGCUGGGCUUGUCCCUCAUGGCUAGUGGAAAGUCUGAAGGUGCCGUGUCUGCGUUUAAAGAAUGUGCUAGAAUGAAACCUCUAGACCCCACACCACCACUGCUGGCAGCCAAAGUCUGCAUCAACCAGCUGCACUGGCUGGGGGAAGCUAAAGCUCUGGCGAAAAGCGUGAUUGCCUUGGGUGAAGGAGCUGGUGAGUCCUUUCCCAGAGCGCACUUGGCCUUGGGUCUGUGCUUCAGCCUGCAGGCGUCCGACGCCACGCUGAGGGCGGACCGGGACGAGUUCAACAGGACAGCCCUGUGGGCACUGCAGAGGGCACAUGAACUCGAUCCCGAAGACCCUCAGAUUGCCCUCUACCUCUCUCUUCAGCUUGCCUUGGUGCGACAGGUGUCGGCAGCCAUGGAGCCCCUGCAGUUGGCUCUGAGUCUGCGCAGUGAUGACCUGCACUCUCUACACCUGCUGGCUCUCCUGCUCAGUGCCCAGAAACACCACCAGCACGCCCUCGACACGCUCGCGCUCGCCAUCAAUCAGUACCCCGACAACUUCAACUUACUCUUUACUAAGGUGAAACUGGAGGAGGCUCUGUUUGGCCCAGUGGCAGCGCUUCAGACGUGUGAAGAAAUGCUCCAGCUCUGGCAGAGUCGCUACAAUUUUGCCCGGCCCAGUGAGACUGAUGACAGCAGCAGCAUCCUGCCUGAGCCCAGCCCACUGAGCACAAAGCCCAGUGGCCUGAACCUCACACUACCAGACUUCCAGGAGACGGAAAUCGCCUCUCAGAAAGUCCCGUCUCUUGCUGUGUCUCGGCUGGAGCAGGCCAUGUCCGAGGUGUCUGCCGUUAGCUCCGCCCACAGGCAUGGCCCUGCCUACCUUUGGACUACCCUGGAGCGCAUCUGGCUGCAGGCAGGGGAGCUGUUCAUGGAGGACGGCCGCGUAAAGGAGGCACAGUUCUGCGUACAGGAGGCUGCAGCUCUGUUCCCCACCUCCCCCUCCGUGCUGCUCCUCCGGGCCCGCCUGGCUGAGCUCAGAGGCAGCAACAGUGAGGCCAAGAGCCUGUACGACGAAGCCCUGGCUAUCAACCCCACAGCCCCCCACACACUCCUCCACCUGGGUAAGCUGCUGGUCCGGACGGGCCGGGUAGGUCUGGGGGAGAAGGUGUUGCGAGACGCGGUGCAAGUGCACAGCUUGGCCCACGAGGCAUGGAGCAGCCUCGGGGAGGCGCUACAGUCGCGGGGCAGCGCCCAGGCCCCCGACUGCUUCCUAACCGCCCUGGAGCUGGAGGCCAGCUGGCCCAUCAGACCCUUCACCAUCAUCCCCCGAGAACUAUGAGGGCAGACCCGCCCCACCACGCCCGCGGCCGAUGGGGGAGUCACUAGGCGCAUGCACUGACACAGUUAGUCAUGCGCAACCAUUCACAAACAUGUGCAUCAACACACUUGUUUUCCCACUGUCACAGUGUUUUAGGUCUUAAAGAAACAAUUUUAUUUCGAGCUUUUUUUUUAGAUGUGUUGUCGAUAGCUACUGUCUGCGUUUCUUGUGUUAUGCAUGCAUUUCAUCGAGUUACACUAGAAUUUGUAGACAUUCACAACAAAAUCAAUUUCACAAUCCUUAUAAAUCAGUUUAACCCAAUGACGACACACUUUACACGUUUGCACAAAGGAUCUCCGUGGUAGCAUGAACAAAGACUGCUCAUUGUAAAUAUGACUGAUGAACACCAAAAAAGAGCUACUGUAACUACUGUAUCACCAAAGGAGGUGAAUAUGAAUAUGCUGUACUAAAUCAUAUCCGUCUCAGUGCUGAAUACCCAAGUCACGAGAUGUUUUACUGAAUUUAGGUAUGAUUCUGAAUGUGAGAAUGCCCACUCCUUUACAAUAAAGCCCAAUCGUGAG